AUGGCUACUCCCCAUCUAAAUUACAGAUACAACUCCAGAAACUCUAACAAAAAUAUCAAUUCCAGCGGAAAUGCCACAGAAGUUGACCGUUUCAUUCCAAAAUCAGUUUCAAGAAAUGCUUAUAAGUCUAUUCCUAUGUUGAAUGGGUUUGAUAUAAGCUAUUCAGAACUUUGUGAGAAAUCUCCUUCGCCUGAGCGGCUAUCAUCCCCCGAAUUCUUUAACGAACUGCGAAACACCGGGAACUACGAAUCAAUCAGUGCAACAAAUGAAUUUUCCAUGUCAAGUGUAUCCAGCUCUUCUGAAAGUCAGGUUACCAGAAAUGGAAGCGCAAGAGCUUCAAAAAGAGAUUAUUCAAAAUUAACUAAAGAGCAAAAGGACCAUAGAAAAAACAUCGCUCAUUCCCUUGGUUUUCAAUUGCCUGACCGUGUCUUUACAUUUGAGACUACAAACGCUGAAAUUAAGGAAAAGAAUCAAGCCAUCAAAAAUAGCUUAGCGCCAGGAAGUUGCGCCAGAAUACAAACAACCUUUGACUUUAGUACACUCUCGCCCGAUGUCGCUCGUUACUAUAUUGCUAAUUCUAACGCAAGAUCAGCUUCCCCACAAAGACAAGUGCAAAGACCUGUUAAACGAGUAAAGUCACAUAUUCCGUACCGUGUAUUGGAUGCACCUUGCUUGAGAAAUGAUUUUUAUUCGAAUUUAAUUUCCUGGUCAAGAACUACGAACAACGUUCUGGUGGGACUGGGUUGCUCUGUCUACAUCUGGUCAGAGAAGGAAGGAGCGGUAUCUAUAUUGGACCACCAAUAUUUAAGUGAAAAGAGGGAUCUAGUGACGUGUGUUUCAUUCUGUCCUUAUAAUACAUAUUUCAUUGUUGGUACAAAAUUUGGCCGUAUUCUUCUUUAUGAUCAAAAAGAAUUUUUCCAUUCCAGCAAGACAAACGAAAAGGAACCAGUAUUUGUUUUCCAAACCGAAUCCUUUAAAGGGAUAUGUUGCCUAGAAUGGUUUAAACCAGGUGAAAUUUGCAAAUUUUAUAUUGGAGAGGAAAAUGGCAACGUAAGCCUCUUUGAAAUAAAGAGUUUACAUUUCCCCAUGAAAAAAUGGAAUAAAAGACAAAAAUACGAAGAAGAAAAUUUAAUAGGAUUGAAACUUCAUUCCACAUACCAAGCUCAGGCACAACAAGUCUGUGAUACUAACAAUAACAUUACUAAAGGUAUUUCGCUGAAUGAACACUCAAAUCUGCUCGCAGUUGGUGGAAACGAUAAUUCUUGCAGUUUAUGGGAUAUUUCCGACUUGGAUAGACCUGUGAAAAAGUUUGUUCUUCCUCAUAAAGCGGCCGUGAAGGCCAUUGCGUUCUGUCCUUGGUCGAAGUCUUUGUUAGCUACGGGUGGUGGAAGUAAAGACAGAUGUAUCAAGUUUUGGCAUACAUCAACGGGCACAUUGUUGGAUGAGAUUUACACCUCAGGACAGGUAACCUCUUUGAUAUGGUCGUUAAGACAUAAACAGAUUGUUGCCACUUUUGGAUUCGGUGAUACUAGGAAUCCUGUAUUGAUAACACUAUAUUCAUAUCCAAAAUUAUCAAAGCUACUUGAAGUUAGAUCACCGAACCCUUUACGUGUACUGAGUGCCGUAAUCUCCCCAAGUUCCAUGGCAAUUUGCGUUGCCACUAACGAUGAAACAAUUAGAUUUUAUGAAUUAUGGAAUGACAAAGAAGAAAUAAUCAAUGAGAUCCAAGAAAGUGGGAUAUAUGGAUCUAAUAUUAUAGAGUAUAUGGAGGGGAUCGAAACAACACAUAACAAAAGAAUAAGAUAA